CGCAUCAAAACCCGCACCUCGCCUCCUCGCAUCAUCCUCCUCCUCCCCACCACUGCCACCGCCGCCCCCCCAAGCAAGUCUCGCGGCCCCAGCCCGAACCCCGGAGGCCGAGGCUUCCUCCCUCCCAUGGCCCCGCCCCCCUCCAUGGCGGCCGCCUCCGAUCGCGCCGGCCCCGGACCCGACGCCGGCGCGGGCGCGGGCGAGCCCUCGCUCCGCCUCCGCCGCGCCCCCUCCGCCGACGCCGGCGACCUCGCCGGCGACUCCUCCGGCGGCCGGCGCGAGAACGGCGACCCGCCCCCGCCCCCGAAUCCGCAGCAGCACCAGCAGCCCGAGAUGCUGCACUACCGCGCGUCGGCGCCCGCGCACCGCCGCGUCAAGGAGAGCCCCCUCAGCUCCGACGCCAUCUUCCGGCAGAGCCAUGCGGGUCUCUUGAAUCUAUGCAUUGUUGUGUUGAUUGCAGUGAACAGCAGACUCAUUAUUGAGAAUUUAAUGAAGUAUGGCCUAUUGAUAAGAGCUGGAUUUUGGUUCAGUGCAAGGUCACUGGGAGACUGGCCCCUUCUUAUGUGCUGCCUCACGUUACCAAUUUUCCCACUUGUUGCGCUCAUGGCUGAGAAGCUGAUUAGAAGGAAGCUCAUUGGUGAACAUGUGGUUAUUCUUCUCCAUAUCAUUAUUACAACAUCUGUCAUCAUCUAUCCAGCUGUUGUGAUUCUUAAGUGCGAGUCAGCAGUACUAUCAGGAUUUGUGCUAAUGUUUCUUGCAAGCAUCAUGUGGAUGAAGCUUGUCUCUUAUGCACAUACAAAUUACGAUAUAAGGGUAUUGUCCAAAAGUACUGAAAAGGGUGCUGCAUAUGGCAAUUAUGUUGAUCCUGAGAAUAUAAAAGAUCCAACCAUUAAAAGUCUAUUGUACUUUAUGUUGGCCCCAACACUUUGUUACCAGCCAACUUAUCCUCGAACUACAUGUAUUAGGAAGGGCUGGGUGAUCAGACAACUUGUAAAGUGUCUUAUUUUUACAGGCCUGAUGGGCUUCAUAAUUGAGCAGUACAUAAAUCCAAUUGUGAAGAAUUCCAAGCAUCCACUGAAGGGGAAUUUCUUGAAUGCUAUAGAGAGAGUCUUGAAACUCUCAGUGCCAACACUAUAUGUAUGGCUUUGCAUGUUCUAUUGCUUUUUCCAUUUAUGGCUGAACAUUCUAGCUGAACUCCUUCGAUUUGGUGACCGUGAAUUCUACAAGGACUGGUGGAAUGCCAAAACUGUUGAAGAGUACUGGAGAAUGUGGAACAUGCCUGUACAUAAGUGGAUCAUUCGACAUAUAUAUUUUCCAUGCAUAAGGAAGGGCUUGCCCAGGGGUGUAGCUAUUCUAAUCUCGUUUCUGGUUUCAGCUGUAUUUCAUGAGAUAUGUGUUGCUGUGCCAUGCCACAUUUUCAAAUUCUGGGCAUUUUUUGGGAUCAUGUUUCAGAUACCGUUGGUGUUCUUGACAAGAUAUCUUCAAGAUAAGUUCCAGAACAUAAUGGUGGGCAACAUGAUAUUCUGGUUCUUCUUCAGCAUAGUCGGGCAGCCGAUGUGUGUCCUUUUAUAUUAUCAUGAUGUCAUGAAUAGGCAAGCCCAGGCAAGUAGAUAGUUCUGCUGAAAUAUGAACCAUAAUACAGAUCAUCAGAUGGAAACAGGAUCGAAUAUGCUGGAAGCUGUAGCAGCCCCCGUGGCAUGUUUGUCACCAGCUAGUCAGCUUGCAAAUGCUCCCAUUCCGUGCAGCCGUGCCAGGGAUGCAGCGUGUACAUUUCCAGUGAUGCAACAUCAAGAUCUGACAGCGCUACCAACAUGUCAAGACUCUACACUUUUUCAGUAUAUGUCAGCAGUUCUGUGUGCAUAAUGUCGUGUAACAUGUAAGUAUGUACCAUGAAAUCCGUGAUGUGUCACGCCUUGAGGAUAAAAAAUGAGCCCAAAAGAAGAAGAAAAAGGCUCACUUAAGAUGUAGAGAGACAGGGUAAACAAGUUCGUGGAGCAGAUAUAUCAAAACCUGAAAUGAACUUCGUCUGAGCUGUGACACCUGGUUAGAGGAAGCCUAUUGUACGCUGAUACAAGUUUGUGUACUAAAUUGCUGGAAAAGAAUAAUGAAUGCGCGUGUAACGCGCUGAGAAGUUGGUAUUGCCUUUGUUAAUGAAGAUAUAAGGCAUGGUCUUUCUGUUCA